AUGUCGUUUCGGAAGCGUGGAGAGGUUCUCAAUGGUCGGAACGGUGUUGGUGGUGUUAGGGGCAUCCCCACUGGUCGCGGUUUGCCCCGGAGACCUGGCGGUAUUCCCACCAGAACCGCUGACGUUGCCGCCGAAUUGAGUCAAUUGGAUAUUCGUGGUGGUGAGAGUCCACUUGCAGGGCAUGUUGGUGUCAGGCCAUCCCCGCUUAGUGCAAACCUUGUGACUUCUACCGGGUGUGGUGAUCUGGACAAGAUCCUUGGGCACAUGGGGCUUCCCCUUGGGUCUUCCUUGCUUGUGGAGGAGGAGACGACUACUGAUUUCAGUUCUGUGCUGUGCAAGAUGUACGCCGCGCAGAGUGUGGUGUAUGCCCGUGCGGCGGUCUCCCAGGGCGCAACGUCCCGCGAGGAGCAGGGGACACACCUGGUGGUUUUGUCUGGGAACGCAGAUUUCGCAAGAGAGCUUCCUGGAGUGUACCAAGGUUCACGGAGGGACGUGAAGAAGACCCGGAUCGCUGAGGAGGAGUCCAAACUGUCCGUGCAAAAUUUGAACGACGACACCCCACAACGGACACCAACACGGUACACAGAUUUGAAGAUCGCUUGGAAGUAUAAGCUUGCUGACGAGCGUGGGCAAGAAGGUGGCAAGCUGCCCGAACAGGGACCAGGGGACUACACUGCCCAGUUCGACAUUACAACACGGAUGAUCCCAGCUGCCUCGGUCCCAGGGGAGAUCACGAUGAUCAACCCUGUUCAACAGUCUGUACAGACUGUGUUGGCACAAUUGGAGGCCGUACUUCAGAGACACCGCGGGUCCCUUGUCCGGAUCCUUGCCCCGCAGUUCCUACACCCUGCAGCGUACCCUCCGGGUGCGUUUGCCCCCUCGUACGCGGUGGCACUCGUUCACGGAUUACAAAGCACACUGAGGAAGCAUUCGGGCCAGUGUGUCCUUAUGGCGAGUACUCCGCGGGACAUUCUUUCCCCCAUGCUUGCAUGCCAGAUUGAGAACUUGUUUGAUGGUGUCAUUGAUUUAGAUCCGUUCCCACAGGAUAUGUUACAGUACUUGGAGAAAAUAUACAGGGCACAACCUGGGAAAGUGCAACAUGGGUUACUCCACGUCACUAAACUGCCCGUGUUGAGUGCGUACGGUGAGAUGCACGAACGUAGAUCCCACUGGGCGUUCAAGAACGGCAAGAAACGGUUUGAGAUCGAGGAGUGGUCCAUCCCCGUGGACGACGAUGCGGCAGGCGAGACUCCCGCGGCGUCGACGUCCUCAUCAACAGCAUCACCAACAGCAUCGACAGCAGCAUCGACCACGGACCGACCCGCGCAGUCCACGAAGCACUCCAUCGAGUACUGA